AGAAAUCUCAAUAACGAGAUAUCGUAGAAACUUCUAGUUUUUUACAUUUGAUCCGUGCUGCUUUAUAGAAGAGCUGUAUUGUUUUUGGGCAAGGUAGGAACAGCCGUUGCUUCAGAAAAAGCAAAAAACUUUCCUUUCUUACCUUUUAUCUCAAAACGUAUGCUGAGCGAAGCUCCGUUGACUUAUCUAGCUUCAUACCUUCAUACUUAUGCUUGGCAAAUCUUGGUCUAUCCAUAAGACUUUUGACUUUACGGUGUGAAUAUAAUCCGCAUGGGUUUCUAUCCGAUUCACUAGUUUAAAUAAUCAAAAAAGUUUCCAUCCAUAGGAUACACCAUAGAAACAGUUUUGUAAACAUUGCAGAAAAAAAAAACAAGAAUUAAAGUAUGAAUUUCAAUUUAACAGAACAUAGCUCGGAAGUAGUUGGUUUUGACAGUACUUGGGACACAGAUAAGCAAGUCCAUGUUAGGGAUUCAUCCACAGAAACACUAGAAAAUAGUGUUGAAAUAUCUGAGAAAAGUAUUGGAACUUCAACACAAACUAAGGAAAUUGGGGUACAAGCAAGUCCAGUGGUGCUGAGUAAUUCAAAUGAUGAGACUGACAAGAAGUUAGCAGCAUGGCUGAGAAAAAUAAUGCCGGCUUUAGAGAAGGAACUGAUUGAAGGAACUACACAAGUUCAUGACAAUAGCAGUAAUCAAGUAAGCGUCAGCAGUUUUGCUAAAGUAUCAGAAUUCCAGCAUAUUGAUGUCAAAUCAAGCUUCCCAGAAAGUAAUGAGGAACUGAUUAUUGGACAUGCAGUAUGGCUGUCUGUUAUUCUUCAAAAUAAUCCAGUUCUGGUCGUAUCCUGUUCUUUAAAAUCUAGUUCUAAUGAACCACCAUCAUCAUCUUACUUAAUACUGUUUGAGCCACAAAGAAGUAAGACUGAUGGAAAUAUUUAUUGGAAGGAAGUGUCGUCAAUGCCAAUAAAGGAACCGAUCGAGUAUCUUGUAGUCAAUUCUGAAAAUCGUGAUAUAUUUGCUGGUGCUUCAAAUUCUGGUGACUUUUAUAUCUGGGAAUAUGUAAAGUCUUCAUCAACCAAUAGUGACCAACAAAUUAUUGAAAUAUUCUCUAAAGGCUGUGAUGAUUCUAUAGCUGGAAUUACAUUUUUGACUGAUAAUACCUUCGUUUGCUGCUUUAUUAAUGAUGGCAAUCUAGUUUCAUACAAAAUAGUCAACAAGCAGAACUGUAUUAUUGAUAAAGUUAUGAAAAUAGAUCAAAGGAAGCUGAAAGAGUCUCACAUAACAGCAAUAACAAACAUUGAUAAGUCAAGUGAUUUUGUAAUUGGACUUUUGAAUGGGAAAAUAUUUUAUUGUUCGACCAAUCAGUUUGUUGCAUCAGAUGAUAACGUAAUAGAUCCAAUUGUUAGGGAAAUGAGUUCGCAUAAAUUUGCAGUCAAGUCGCUAAAGCAUGGCCAGCAUUUAGACAAGAAUUUCGUCAUUUCUUUUGAUGCUUCCAGUGAAAUCUUCAUCCACGAAAUUGAAGAUGAUCCAAAUGAAAAGUCACUUAAAUUUGUCAUAAGACUUCCAUUGCCAAUUAAGAAUUGUCUAGCAGUGACUAACAAUAUGGAGCACAUUUUCUGCCCGUUGUCGAACGGAAAUCUGGAAGUUUUCAAUGCACGUAAUCAGACACGACGAGUCAUUGAAGGCAAUCAUUCGGGAAAUAACAUGUUAGCUGAAUUGUCAAAAAAUGAAUCGUGGCUGGUUACUGGAAUAUUCAAAGGAUCGUUCAAAUUGUAUUACAUCUCAGUAGAUGACGAUAAAUAAGUAGCAUUAAACAUUUAAAGUUUUUUUUUUGAGUAUCGUACGACUCUAACAAGUUACACCUUUUGUACAGUUUUUUUCUUCGAAUUAUUUUUUUUCUUUAUAUUCUCAAUUUAUUUCGUGCUCAACGCUCUCAGUUCUAUUUCAAACCUCGAAGAUUUAAGUCGCGUUUUGCGUUGAAAUUCAAAGUUUGUGAAAUUAACUUGCAGUGUACAAUUUUUAAGUAAGUAUUAUCCUGAGGAUAUAAGCAUUGAUAACAAUAAGAAAUGGACAUAAAGUGUGUGGCUUGUGAGAGAAAAUGCUGAUUAUUGGAUCUUCUUAUCCAUAAAAAAAUUAUAUUUAUAUUUAUAUUUAUAUCUAUGUAUUGUGUAUCUUGUGCCUGCACACAUAGGCACAAAUCAUUUUGUUUAACAAAAUAAGAGAGAAAUUAUGCAAUUAUGCUGCUUUGUUGGCGUUAUACAUUCCAGUGAUUCAUGCUUUGGUUCAAUAAACUUACGUAUUUUAUAAAAUAUUCAGCAUGUCAUGCAGAACAGCAUCAAUUGGGUGGGAUGUGAAAAUUUUAAUUAACCUUGAACUUUUCAAUAGAUUUUUCAUCGUUUUCUUACUUAAUGACAAUGUAUAGCUGCGAAAAUGUAUGUGCUUGAAUUAAAAGAAUGUUUGGAAGAAGAAAACGAUUUAUCAAGUCAAGUCAUUAGAGGGUUGUGAGAAAUAGCCGAAUAUGAUUAUUAUAUAGCCGCUAUACUAUUGAUUUUUCACAUAUUUAUUUUCUUUCCAAAAUUACAACAAAAACUUAGACUUAUGACGCCGUAGCUACUAAAAAAAUUCCGGCAUUUUUAUGUAUAAAAUGUUAUUUUCUGCACACAUGGUCAGUUCGUUCUUCGUCGUAUUUUAUAGCAU